UUAAACAUUUAUAUCCGAACCCUCCUUACACCAUUGUGUCGGGUGAAUGUGAGACCUGAAAAGACGAGCUCAAUCUAGUCUGAAAAAAUAAGACAAGGCGAAUAUAAAUGCGUUUAGUGACUAUAGUCAUGGUAAAUGUUGGGACAGUAGGGGCAGGGGCGCCUGGGUAUAGAAGCGUCAUGUGUUUGCAGGUUUCAGGGGACUGGUAAUAAAGUCUUUUGAAUAGAAUGAAUAGAAUUCCAGUGAUGAGAUGUGGACAGCAUUCAUUAUUCAUGGUUACAGCGCAGGCUCAGAUAAAGGGCAGAUCCUGGUAUUCCCUGUUACUAAUGCAACAAGUUACUGGCCUGGUCGCUGUAAACAGACAGACAUGUUUCCCUGAAGAAUUACAUCCGCUCUAUCAUCGAUAUGGGCAAGACUUUCCUGACACAGGUUCACCUCACCCUGUAUUACACCAUCAAGAAGAAAGAAUGCCACUUUGAACUACCAGACUGCAAUGAAAGCUCUGGCAAUGUUGGACACAAAGAUGAUCAUGAAAAGCAGAACCUGAAGAUGAUUGAUGAGGCUGAAUGUGAAGAUGAUGGCAAGCUCCUUCCUUCACAAUCCAUGAUCACCGAGCCCAUUACGUCUUGUGUAAGGCAGUCUAUGGUGAAUCACAAUGCCAUCAGCAUUAGAAGAACAUUGUCAUCACUUCCCGGCAAAUUAGAGAUUGUAACAUCCUCCGACAGAACUGUGUGUAGAACAAACCUUCAUCCUGCCAGAAAAAAGCACAGCCUGGAAGGGAAGAAAGGCUUCUCGUCUAUUACAAUUACCACCAGAAGAUAUAUUACAUCUUCAUGCCAGGCUCAGAAGGAAAUUACCAAUGACCUGGCUUCUUCUCUGUGCAGACGUAAUGACUUAUUAAUGAAGGCUCCAGUCUCAUCGGUUGAACAUAAUCAGAAAUGUAGAUUCUUAGAUAAUGGAAAUGACUCUACCCAGAAUUUCAAGCCCUUUGGUUUCAAUCAUUCUCAGGAAUUUCCAAGUUGGCCCAUUCGGGUUUUGAACAGUCAGGAGGCCACUCAUCAUUGUUUAAAGGACACCAGCCACACAUCAUUUAUCUCAGGUGUCAACAUUAAAAGGGCUCAAACAUGUCCGCAAGCUAUUUAUUGUAGACACAGGUUAUUUUCUGUGUGUCUUGGUCAAUGUCAUGCAGCCAACCAAAAAACAUACAGGUCAGAAAUGUCAUUUAGGAUAAAGCGUCCCCUUGAAAGUAGACUGGUCCAUACGUGUAACAGGAACUUUGUGGAGUCCUCUAGACACAUAAUAAGAAAUCAAAUAGCAGGGGAUUAUAAGAAGAGUAGCCACAUUGACUAUGGACAACAAAAUGCAUGUUCCACAGCUCAACAUAAGCCUUUCACAGAACAUCAAAGGCAUCAAGAAGAACACAUAAAUGGAUAUCACCAGGACCCUUGCCAAGAUGUCUCCAAUUAUCUCAAUAUAGAAGCCUUCGAUUUCCCACAUAUACCGAAGAAGGAUCCUGUGCCUGUUAGUGAGAUUUAUGCAGAGAGAAGUUCUCCUCUUCCGAGCUUCGGACAUCCUGGGGCAGAAAGGUCGAGCAUUACCACCUUCAACUUCAUAUUUGGAAAACAAAUUUCCAACCAGGGAAAGAGUAAGCUGAAUUUACAGAAGGAGAACAUUCCUCUGAAAGGUUGCAAGUGGAGUAAGUCGUGUGGAAAUAUUGCAAGGAGCGAUAAAGAGAACAUUCCGCUGCUAGAAGUGAUGGAAAACAAGGCGGGCAUGAAACCGCUUCCCAAAAGAAUGACUUUGCAGGAAGCCCUAGAACAUCAUAGGCCGGACUUCAUCUAUAAGUCGCAAGAACGUCUUCACAAACUGGAGCUUAUGGCUCGCCAACGAAAAAAGUUAACUCUUCAAAAAGAUUCGCCAAAAUCAGUCAACCAAAAGAGGAAAAUCUUCACGGUUCCUCAUCCUCUAAGUGACAACCUAUUUAAACCAAAGGAAAGAGCGAUUUCAGGAAAGGAGAUGAUACAAAGAUCCAAAAGAAUCUAUAACAGCUUGCCUGAAGUGAAGAAGAAGAAAGAGGAGGAAGAGAAGAGACUGAUAACACAGAGCAAUAGAGUCCGAGCCCAGCUAUUCAAAAAGAAACUCCUGGAUCAAAUCCUCCAACGAAGCUCAGACUGAAUCACCACUUGCAUAUUAAAAUUAUUUUAUAUU